AUGCCCGCCCUGUGCGGCCUCCCCCUUCCCUCGACCAGCGGCCACCACGACGACGGUCGAGCAGCAGGGAGCGCACGAGCGACCUCUGCUGCCAGCAGCCUCGCUCGACCAGUGCGCCCGAUCGUCCACCCUCCAUCCCUCGAGUCGCGCUCACCUCUCCCUCCUCCUCGUACAGCUUGGCCGCAAGGUGCGUCCUCGCCUCGCCAGCCCUCUCGCCGAUCCCUGCUCACUCUCUUCGGCACACAGGUCGUCGUCGUCGGUGACGGAGCUUGCGGCAAGACGAGCCUCCUCAACGUGUACGUCAAGGGCGAGUUCCCCGAGGGCUACGAGCCGACCGUCUUCGAGAACCACUGCGUCGACCUCGUCGUCGACGGGCGGUCCAUCGAGCUGUCGCUGUGGGACACGGCCGGCCAGGAGGACUUUGAUCGCCUGCGCUCGCUGUCGUACCCGGACACGAACCUCGUCAUGAUGUGCUUCUCGGUCGACCAGCCGAGCUCGCUCGAGAACCUCGAGGCCAAGUGGAUCGACGAGAUCCGGCACUACUGCCCCGGCGUCAAGAUCGCCGUCGUCGCCCUCAAGUGCGACCUGCGCGCCGACGUCGUCGUGCAGGACAAGCUCGCCAAAGCCCUGAUGCGGCCCGUCGAGUACGAGGAGGGUCUCGCCGUCGCCAAGCGGAUAGGCGCCUCACGGUACUUUGGUGAGUCGUUCGCGCCCUUUCGGCUCGCCCGUGCCACCUCGCACCUCUCCCUCGCGCUCGGCGACCUCGAGCGAGCGUACUGA